ACUACUUGCUAACAACAACUUAAUCAACAUUUUUAAAUUUAUUAUCCUUUCAAUUAAUUUAAUCUUUAUUUUAUUUUUAAGUUCACCACCAACAACAACAGAAGAAAAGAAAAAAAAAGCAUUGAACAAAAACGAAGUCAAAUCAAAAUCAACUUUGAAAUGAUUUUACUGUGAUCAAAUCAAUCCCAAUAAGGAAUCGAAGAAGUAGAAGAAGAAAAAUUAGGGUUUGAGUAAGAGGAAGAGUAGAGAAGAAUUAGGGUUUGAAUCAAAGUGAAUUCAAAUGCCGGAAGAGGAGUUGGUUGAUAUCAAGUUUAGGUUAUACGAUGGUUCUGAUAUUGGACCAUUUCGGUAUUCUUCUGCUGCUACUGUUGAUAUGCUGAAGCAAAGGAUUGUCUCUGAUUGGCCUAAAGGCAAAACAGUCCUGCCAAAGUCAGCAAAUGAAGUGAAAUUGAUUAGUUCUGGUAAAAUCUUGGAAAACAACAAGACUGUCGGUCAGUGUAAAGCACCAUUUGGCGAUAUUGCGGGGGGAGUUAUAAUCAUGCAUGUUGUUGUACAGCCAUCUCUAGCAAAAUCUAAAGCUGAAAAGAAGAUUGAUGAUUCAUCCAAGAAGGUUGUCUGUUCUUGUUCUAUAUUGUGAAGACAAUUUGUGAGUUGGAGAUGCUUUCAUCAAAUCACUUGUGAACCACAGAAACCACCCGUCUGAACAAAAUCAUUCUGUUUUCAGCAUUCCUGUGUAAAGUUCGUAUACAAGAAAUUAUAUGUUUAUAGAAAGUUUGUGUUAAUGGUGACUUUUGUGAAGACGAUGUCAUUCUUUUAUUACAACGUCUAAAAAGAUUGAAAACAAUGUAACCAACCAUUGAUUGCUACCAUUAUGCAUGAUGUUUUCACUUUGCA